AUGCUCAUCCUUACAACAACAUGGAAUCAUAUCGCUCGUCAGGACUCUUGUAACCACCUCUCAAAUAGAUGCAUGAAAUGUGUCAUAAGUUUUUACACUCUUGAAGAUAUGCUUGCCAUCGUGAAUAUAUUAGACUAUACUUGGUAUGCCAAUGCCGGUGUUUUGAGAUAUGCAUAUCAAAGGACCGACUCAGAUGUAAAACCCCGGCUUGAUUCCCUUUAUCAUCCAUCCCCCCCCCACUUUGGUCUCGAAGACAAACAUACAAACAUACAAACAUACAAACAGCACCUCAGCUACACCCCCCCACCCAGACAUCAAACUCGUUGA